GUCCCAGUACAGUGCAGAUGAGAAAAGGAUGCAGGAAAUUCUGUUGUUUACACAUGUGUCUGUUACACUGAGAAGCAAGAGGAGCCCAGCAAACUCAGAAGGUUCAGAGUUGGGAUCUAUCCAUGCUGAAAAGGGCAGGCAAAGUUCAGCCUACCAUAAAAUGAUUAGAAGCCGAAGAGACCACCAGCUUACUGUACAAGUCUGCUUCAGUUGUUACAGCUGAGUGAAAUUAGAUGAUGAAUCAAAACAUGAAUUUAGACUCCAUUCAGAAACAAAUGGAAGAGAUAGAGGUUUUUGGGACCCAACCAACACAACCUGAUAAAUUAGAUAGAUGUUGGCAACCAGGUGACCAUCUGUUUCAUUCAAAUCUUCCAUCUCAAAGUUUCUACUCAAAUUCACCUCAUUAUGCACAUAUGCAUACAAGUUACAGCAGUGAUUGGGAAAUUUUUGAAGCAGUAAAAAUUCAGGAACUGGAGGAAGUCAAAGCCAGAGCUGCCCAAAUGGAGAAGACCAUGCGCUGGUGGUCAGAUUGCACCGCUAAUUGGAGGGAGAAAUGGAGCAAAGUGAGAGGAGAAAGAAAUAAAGCACGAGAGGAAGCAAGACAAUUGAGAAUCAAACUAGACAGUGUCAUAAAAGAGCUAAGUGUGCUUAAAAAGAUAAAUCAGGAUUUAGUAAGCGAGAAGGAAAACUUAGUAAAUGGAACUGCUUUGAAAACGGAAUGCUGUUGCUCAGAAAUAUCCUGUAUUAAAAAAGACCAAAGCCUGUUAAUGUUUCUGGAACCAGAACCUCCGAAUGACCUAACCAAAAUCAUCAAAAUUCCUGGGGCAGAAGACACAAUGAAGGACAUAAACAAAGACCAAAGCAAUGACAAUAAUAAAAACACCCUAAAGCCUCCCAAUUUCUUCCCCAAUGGACUUCCCAGCAUCUAUUUGGAGGAACCUAAAAUCAGUUUGGGCACUACAGUUAAGACAGCAGAGAAUGAUUUAAUACAUGUAUCAGUCUUAAAUUUGCAUUUGGCUGAGAUGAGGAAAAUCCUACAGAAGGAAAGAGAAAUGAAUGUUUUUCUGGAGAAAGAAAUGGAAAAGAUGGAAAACGAAUUAUUUCUUUGGAAAUGGAAAUAUGAAGAACUGAGACAAACCAAGCUGGAAAGCCUGAAACAGAUGGAAAGAAUGCAGUGUGAGAAUGCCUCUGAGUGGGGAAAGAGAGAGCGACUGGAAGCAGAAAAACAAAGUUUGGAAGAAGAGACCAGAAAACUCAAAAUGCAGAGGAAAGGUGUGAGAGAGCAGCUGGGUGGAAAUCUGGAAUUCAGUCAAGGUCAUCCCAUCAUAGUGUCAAAGAGUAAAGAGGCAGAAGAAAGUGAACACGGGAUUUGGGACCAGACAAAGUUCCUUGUCUGUUGUUGGAGAUUCUACCACGACAAUGAGUGAAGAUAUGGGAGAUCACCAAAAAGCCCUGCAGCAACAAGGCUAACGGCAAACAGGAGCAGCCAACGCUGUUCAUAAAGACAUACAAGAAAGUUUCAUUGCAGAAGUGCAUGUCAGAUAUAUAUAGGAAUACUGUAUGCAUUGUUUCUAUGUAUUCCUGAUUUUUUAGAAGAACCAAGGAAAAUAUGCUAGAGUCAGGGUGCACAUUUCUAGAAGUUAUGUUGGCCAUUGUCAUUCCUUUCCAGUUGUUCUAACAGUUCUCUUCUAAAGCAAAAG